AUCCUGGGCUUGAAGGAGGAGGACCAGACAGUGUACUUCUGCCGAGUUCGUAUGAAUGUGGAAAAGAAAGACAAAAAAAACGAAGGUUUUUCAGUCGAUCGAAGGGACCCACCUCACCAUCUCUCAAGGAGACCACAUUCCAGCCCCCAGGACCAUGGCUCCAAGUCCCAGCACUGCCACUUCUGCACACACCAAAAAUACCCUCACGGCCACAGAAGGUCAGAUGAGCAGAGAAAAUCAGACCCUGCCUCUGGGAACCAGAGUUGGGUUGGCGGUGUCUGCUGCUGUACUCCUGGCUGGGGUUUUGGGAUUGAUGGUGUUCCUCAGGUGGAAGAGGAGGAAAGGGCAGAGGACUAAAGCCGAAACCACAGCCAGGGAACUCAUUGAAAACACUGAGAAAUGUGAGCAAGUUGAGCCCGAAGGACGACAUAUGGACCCCAAAGAGAACCCCAAGGACAACAACAUCGUGUAUGCCUCCAUUACCCUCUCAAGCCCGACCUCCCCAGGAACACCAGCCUGCCCACCUGUCCAUGAGAACCCCCAGGAAGAGACUGUAUACUCCAUCGUAAAGACCAAAUGAGCGGGUCUGGGUGACCAUCUCAGAGUCACCUUUGCUUCUAGUAGGAAGACUCCCAGCUUCCACUGAUACCCACAGAGUCAGAUGCUCACAGGUCACAGAUGCCCAUGGCCAGGACAGAAACUCACACGUCAGGAAC